AAAGGGCAGGUAGAGUCACAUCCUGCAGGCAGGCUGCGCGAUAGAGGGGUAGGAGGUGUCUGUGUGUCGGCACUUGUCUAUUUAAGGGCGAAAAGCUUUCAGGCAACUUCACCAAACCCAGACGUGCGUGCGCUAAAAGUCUGUGUACUUUGGCCGAGAUUGCACAAGUGCUGCGUGACGCAGCGCGUGCGAGCGCGCGUGCGUGCGUGCGUGCGUACGUGCGCGCCCGCCGCCGUGCGUGGGCCUGCCAGGCCUUCAUAGUGGAUGCAUGUGUCAUGUUUUUUACUGCCUGAGAUUAACUGUUCACCUUUUACGGUUGGGAGGGAGGUGGUAUUGUCACUCAGCUAGGGAAGGAGGAGGGGUCGACGGCCGAGGGAGCUGGGGAGGGAGGUGCAGAAGGAAAAGGAGUGGCCUUUUGCAGAUAGUCGCCCUCUCCGCCGGAGUGAAGUCUUCUCACUGUGGCAACUUAUAGGAGGGAAAACAAACCAGCAGUUUUCUGAUAACAAGGAAGGACAAAGGAGGAAGGAGGCGGCUGGCCUAACACCACAUUUUCUCACAGCGGGGACUUCAAAGCAGCACAUGCUGCAUGCGGCCAUGGCAUCAGCAGCUCCACCAAAAAGGAUGGUGUCCUCGGUCUUCAUCACCCUGGCGCCUCCGUACCGGGCCACUGUGACGCAGCAGCAGCCCGCCCUCCAGGCUCACGGUUCCCCAGCGAGAGACACGCAGCACGCCGCGCUGCGGGUCGGCCCCGGCGACAGCAUCCCUGCCCCCAGACACGGCACAGGCGACCACCCGGCGCCAGGGCCUCACAGAAGCGUCGACAAGCCCCGGGAGCGAGCUUUAGACAGCGCUAGUCCCAAAGCAGUCCAGCGUGAACCUAGCAGGGAGAAGCUGCAAAAAGGCGACAGGGGUUCUGCAGGUAUCUGUGACGAGCGCUCCCCUCCUCCCGCUUCAAAGCCUUCGUCUCUGGGAACAGCGCUCGCUCAAGAAUCAGCACCUCCACCCCGUCCUCCAGGCCAGACACCACCUUCCCACACCCCUACCCCAAGCCAGCAGCCGCUUUACAACAGAGAGAUGGAAACAAAGACACCAUCUAGUGGGUCAAACCAGGAUGAACAGCCCCAGACAACCUAUAAUAACGGCCAAGACACAAGCAAAAAGUGCAAAGAGGUGUGUGGCUUCUGUCGGAAGCCUGUGGCUUUGACCGAACCUGCGAUAGAGGCCUUAAACAGAACUUACCACGAUAGUUGCUUCCAGUGUAGAUCCUGUCACAUCCCCCUGGCUGGUAAACAGUACUACAACAAGUCAGGAAUCCCGCUGUGUGAAGCCUGCUAUCAGGCAAGCCUGGAACUCUGCUGGUCCUGCGGGGAGGUUAUAACAGAUCACGUGAUCCGUGCACUGGAGCGAGCGUACCAUUUGUCUUGUUUCACCUGUAUCACAUGCAAGCAACAAAUUGGCGAGCAAGCCUUUGCACAGGGAGAAGUUGGAGAGGUGUACUGCCUACAGGACUACUACAAGAAGUACGCUCCAUUGUGUAACAACUGUAAGCAUCUCAUCAUUCCCAAAGAGGAUGGUACUGACAGCUACACUGUUGAGUGUCUGGGACGCUCCUAUCAUGAGAACUGCUAUCGAUGUGAGAUCUGUAUCAUCCAGCUGUCUCCUGAACCCAAUGAGCACGGAUGCUAUCCUUUAGAUGGGAAGCUGCUCUGCAAAUCUUGCCACCUGGACCUGCUUUCUGGCCAGCACUAACACUGGUCCCACUAGCCCGGGAUAAACUGCAACCGAUGAAAAAGUGCCUUAAGCCUCGGCUUUAGGAGAUGCAAGGCUGUGCAUUUGCAUUUAAAAGUCUAAUGAACAAC